CUCCUAAGCAACCAAAUUGGCCCAGUUUCUAGGGAGGGUAGAGUCACAUGGGGUAACCAAAUUGGGCUGGUUGCCAUGGAAGGUAGAGUCACAUAGGGUAACCAAAUUGGGCCGGUUGCUAGGGAGGGUAGAGUCACAUGGGGUAACCAAAUUGGCCCGGUUGCUAGGGAGGGUAGAGUCACAUAGGGUAACCAAAUUGGGCCGGUUGCUAGGGAGGGUAGAGUCACAUAGGGUAACCAAAUUGGGCCGGUCGCUAGGGAGGGUAAAGUCACAUGGGGUAACCAAAUUGGCCCGGUUACUAGGGAUGGUAAAGUCACAUGGGGUAACCAAAUUGGCCCGGUUGCUAGGGAGGUUAGAGUCACAUGGGGUAACCAAAUUGGCCUGGUUGCUAGGGAUGGUAAAGUCACAUGGGGUAACCAAAUUGGCCCGGUUACUAGGGAUGGUAAAGUCACAUGGGGUAACCAAAUUGGCCCGGUUGCUAGGGAGGUUAGAGUCACAUGGGGUAACCAAAUUGGCCUGGUUGCUAGGGAUGGUAAAGUCACAUGGGGUAACCAAAUUGGCCCGGUUGCUAGGGAGGUUAGAGUCACAUGGGGUAACCAAAUUGGCCCGGUUGCUAGGGAGGUUAGAGUCACAUGGGGUAACCAAAUUGGCCCGGUUGCUAGGGAGGUUAGAGUCACAUGGGGUAACCAAAUUGGGCCGGUCGCUAGGGAGGGUAGAGUCAAAUGGGGUAACCAAAUUGGCCCGGUUACUAGGGAUGGUAAAGUCACAUGGGGUAACCAAAUUGGCCCGGUUGCUAGGGAGGUUAGAGUCACAUGGGGUAACCAAAUUGGCCUGGUUGCUAGGGAGGGUAAAGUCACAUGGGGUAACCAAAUUGGCCCGGUUGCUAGGGAGGGUAAAGUCACAUGGGGUAACCAAAUUGGCCCGGUUGCUAGGGAGGGUAAAGUCACAUGGGGUAACCAAAUUGGCCCGGUUGCUAGGGAGGGUAAAGUCACAUGGGAUAACCAAAUUGGCCCGGUUGCUAGGGAGGGUAAAGUCACAUGGGGUAACCAAAUUGGCCCGGUUGCUAGGGAGGGUAAAGUCACAUGGGGUAGGGUUAGGGUCUUUUUUCUUUUUAAAAAGAACGCAGCAGAAAACACACAUUUAUCAGGAGGAAUCACUCGUGAUCACGUCCUUCAAGAGAUGUAAUUCACAUUAUAAUAAUAAUAAUAAUAAUAAACAUUAUUUUUAUAUAGCGCGUGUUGAUGCUCUUUGACCCCACCCACAGGCCUCACUUUACUUUAAUGAGUUCACAUUUAUUCAUAUGUAUGAUCUCAGUUCUGGGCGGGGCACAUCGACAGGUUAAAGGAAGCGUCUCAAUGUGCUUCACAUGGAAUAAAUAACAAGAUAUAAGAAAUCAAAUCUAUACAAUAUAAACGAGUGUAAAAACAUGAAUUAUUAAAAGAUGAAUCCAGUAAAAGCAAUUGAUCGUGUGAUGUCACAGA